CUCAGGAGAGAGCAAAAAAGACUUUGUUACAAGUUUUCGCAAAGCACAGGCAUCCCCGCUGCGACCUGCACCUCAGAGCCAGAGUCAGGCGACCUACAACCCAAUCCCUGAACCUUUGGACUGCGGCCCCGUCCCCUGGGGCUCUUCAGACGCCCCCCAAUUCGCCUAUCCCCUAAAACAACUUUGAUUCCUCGACUGUCCUCAUAUCCUCCGCCCGCAGGACCCCCGCCAUGGCCCGGUCAUACGGCGGCAGGGUACUGGCCGCGAUGACCCUCCUGGGCAUCCCGGCGGCCGUCCUGGCGGCUCUGGGCGCGCAGCUGCUGUUCCAGCUGCAGGCGGGCCGCACGGAGCUGAGGGGACCGCGAGCCGACGGGCUGGGCCUAGAGCUGGGUGCCGGCCCCGGGCUACCCGAGGACGCGGCCGGGGCGCUUCUGCCCCUGGCCGCCGCGCUGGCCUCGCUGGCCCUAGUGCUCGCGCUCACCUGCCUGCUGCUCGCCGUGCUGUGCAGCCACCUGGGCGCGGAGCUGGCGCGGGGGCCUGGCCCCGACAGGUCUGACUGGUUUCUCUACGACUGCCGUCUCCUCAGACACUUGGCACUUGGCCUUUUCUGCUGCGGGGUCUCCGUCUACUUGGCAGCGCUGUCCAUCUAUGCCUUGCUGCUUUUUGAAAUCGAGACAGGCGCAGCAGCUGCCUCCAUCCUCGGUUCAGGUGCAGUAGUCCUGGUGGCUGUGCUGACCCACACUCUGCUCCGGGCUGCCCGGGCCACCCGCCGUGGACUCCAUGAGUUGUCCACACCAUCCUUUGAAGACGACCUCACCCGCCCUGCUGAAGUCUCCAAGGCCAGCCCCAGAGCUCAGCCCCAGCAGGGUAGUCAUCACCAGACCCCUUAUACAUUCUGCCCAGAUCCUGGGGAAUCCCUUGGACCUAUGGCCACUGCCACAGCACCUGCAGCCCUCAGGGGAGGCCAGGAAAGCAGGCUGCCUGCACCCCGGAUGCAUCGGACACUGUCAGCUAGCAUGGGGCACUGGGAUGGGGUUACCCAUGAGAUGCAUAGUAUGCUGGGCCACAGGCCAGGGGGUACAGGGAAGGAUUCCACACUGGUGUGAGCUCAGAAAUCAGUGAUAGAGGCCUGGUGUAAGGCAGCAGGAAAAGGAUACCAUAGAGAUAGGUCCAGGCUCAGCUGCACUAGCAGUAGGACUUGUUUGUUUUCCUCAGUUCAAUACAUCCCAGGCUUUGCCCUCAAGUUUGCCUUGUGGUGUAAAAUGGCUGCCAGUGCUCUGGCCUUCACCUCCUCAUUUGGAGGGAAAGGCAGAGGCCAGGACUGGUUUGAUGUCCUCUGAAAGUCACCCUGGGAGGCCUUGGAACCCUUCUUUUUACAUCUUACUGAGCAGCACAGAGCUACAUGGCAAUACCGUGCUGCAGGGGAGGCUGGGAAGUAUGGCCAUCUCAGAAUGAAUGAGGUUCAGUUAUAGGCAAGAGGGGAGGCCAAGGCUUAGGCAGUGAUUCUCUAAGUGUCUCCAUCCAUUUUACAGAUGAGGAAACCGAGGCCCCAAGAGAGCAGUGACCUACCAGGGGUCCCAGGAUUCCCACCCAGAUCCUGUGACCCCUAAGCUGCUGAUGAUACAAGUCUCAGACUCUGCGAUUCCCUGCUGCACCCCCCGCACUAUGAACAUUUCAAACUCACAUUUGCGGAGCUCAGAGCAGCCUAAGGUCAGGAGUGUGCCUCGAGGGCUGGACCCAGACUCCUGGCUAUGGGACUUUGGCUGAGGGCCUUGCCACUCGGCUUCAGUUUCCUUGUCUGUAAAAUGGAGACAGAAGGGCCCCAUCCUCCUAAGGCUUCUGUGAGACUCGUGACUUCCUGUGAGCCAUUCCAGGGACCUUCUUCUCACAGUAGGUCCUCAAUGUAUGUCAACCAUUUCUGUGCUGCUGUUGGUUGGUGGCAGAACACUGCCCUAAUGGGCAGUUUCUGGGGCUCACAGAACAGAAAGAGGGGCCUCCAGAAGCCUCCUAUCUUGCACAAUCCACAAAUAAACUCUGAUGCUUACUAUUUCUGUAUUACUUAAUCAGCAUCCAAUCUUGCUGGGUGACCAAGCUCAGGUCUGUGAGUGGGCCCAUAGCCAGGGGUAGGGAGCACAGGAGCAGGGCAGAGGAUGGGUAGGACAUGCUCCUUUGUGGUCUUGAUCCCAAGACCACCAGCUUUCACAUAUGCGAAUUUCCCUGAAGUGGGCAUGGUCUGCCCCCACCUCUACCCCCAAAUGGACACAUGUCCCUAAACGUCUCCUAGCUUUUCUUUUCCUGGACCUCUUGGGCACUCGAGGGCCUGGAAAGUGGAAAUUCAACCACACAGUGGCUUGAGGCCUCACUGGGCAAAGAGGUGACAGCCCCCAGCAGAGGUGAUGGUCCUCCUAGGCAGGGACCCAGAUGUUCAUAUACACACAGAUGAAGGUGCCCCACUGGCUUCAGCCACCUCUUUCCUGGACCUCCUUGGGGAAGCUGCAGAGAACUGUAUCACCUGUGGAGUGGAAGGAAGAGAAUACUAUGUUCCUGCACAUCCUAAAUGGGGCUUGACACUUGCGGGCAUCCAGUAAGCAGAGGCUGUAGGCCAGCAUGAUAAAUACUAACUAAGGAUAAAACAGAUCAAUCUU